AUGAAAAUGCGUUACAAGCGUACUCGGAGUGCUGAUGAACCGUUUCUUGCAAAAGGAAUGCAGAUCUCUCCUUUGAACACAACAGCCGAAAUAGCAAUGAUGACAAUACGGUUACCUCGGAAGCACAAAGUAUUCAUCACUCGAAAAGCGAAUUUCUUCUCUGGUCUGAGAAUGGGUGGUCAUCGAGGUUCACCGUAUGAAGCACCGGAAAAUACUAUAGAAGGAUUCGCAAUGGCAAAACAAUCGAAAUGUGAGCUGGUGGAGUUUGACGUGCAUUUGUCGGCAGAUGGUGUCCCUGUACUAAUUCACGAUGAGACGACCGGCCGCACGUCUAGAGAGGACGUGAUUAUCAGACAAGUUGCUGCAAAAGACAUUAAGAACAUCCCGUUGAAAAUAUACAAAGCUAUCAAUAGCGACAGCAAGGAAUGGUAG